GCAGAUCCUCGAUUUGUCUCUGGGACUGCUGCAACUUGCAAGCUCUAAUCGAGUGGCCCGACCCGUUCGCUACCAUCUCCACCUCUAAUCAAGCCAAACCAGCCUAUAUCUCAACAACUACGCGUGUGCAAAAUCCUCCUCCUAGGCUGUCUGCACGCCUUUCUAUUCAUUCUGGUCGACUGGGAGGAGGAAACGACAGAAAUCGCAACAAUGGCUCGCUGGAGGACCCUGACGCCUGGGUGGUGAUAGGCGAGAGGUCGGGGUCCAAAACAAAGAUGGUCUGUUCCCUGCUCCCGCCAAUCGUCAUACGCACCGCAGGCAUUUCCCCAUCUCUCCUGCACCUCAGCCGGCAGCCUUCAUCCUUCUGACACUGUACUUUCCAAUUCAUCUCUGUGCCUCUCUUAAUACGUCCCCUCGAACAGGUCCCUCGAUAUGAAGAGCCGGCCUCUGCCACACGUCCCCUAUUGCCUCGCCAGAAUUCACAUUCCAAAGCGAGCCUAAUUUCCCCGACACCUUCGGACGAAGCAGAUGACGAAGAGUCCUCCUGGGGUUAUUCGGGUUCCGAGAUGGAUGACGACUACUCGGAUCCAAUAGCAGAGACAGCAUACGCAGAUGAAGAUACCAGGCCGACGAGCCAGAAAGAGCUAUGGGGUUGGUAUUCUUAUGGCUGGGCGGCUGAAGUGUUCGCCAUCUGCGCCAUGGGAUCCUUUCUCCCCAUCACCCUUGAGCAGCUUGCCAGAGAUCAAGGCGUGUUGUUAAAGGACAAGACGACGCCGUGUCGCGCAGGCUUGCCGGGCAGUCAUGGCACCACUCCGAACACAACAGUCUUCGAAGAACCUAAGCACAGGCAUAACGAACUUCCAGCAUGUGUCAUCAACUUUCUCGGCGCUGAAAUAAACACUGCCAGCUUCGCAAUGUAUACCUUUUCCAUCAGCGUCUUGAUCCAGGCUCUCCUGAUCAUCUCCAUGUCCGCCGCAGCCGACCAUGGUCGAUUCAGAAAAUUGUUCCUCCUCAUCUUCGCCUUUACCGGGGCUACAGCGACAGCGCUUUUCAUCGGCGUGGUACCUAAAGUAUAUUUGCUCGGAGCACUAUUUGCGAUCAUAGCCAACACCUGCUUCGGCGCAUCGUUCGUGUUACUCAACUCCUUCCUACCUGUCUUGGUUCGGCACCAUCCCUCAAUCGACAGCGGCAACGAGCAGACGGAUGAUUUCUCGGAAGACCAGGGAGAGUCCCACGAACACGAGGACCAUGCUAUGACAACUUCGACAUCUGGUCUGCUACCUCGGAACCGGCCUGACCAUACGUCUCCUGUCGAAGAAUCUCCGGCUGCCAUGUCCCCGGAGUUGAAGCUAUCUACCAAGAUAUCUUCCAAUGGUAUUGGUAUUGGCUAUAUUGCCGGCCUAUUCGUACAGACCCUCGGUAUACUUAUCGUUGUUGCGACAGGGUCUACGACCUUCUCGUUGCGGCUAGUGCUCAUGGUGGUCGGACUUUGGUGGUUCGCCUUCAGCAUACCGGCAGCCCUGUGGUUACGGCCCCGACCGGGCCCGCCCCUGCCGGAUGAGAUGAGAGGACGAUAUGCCUGGGUGGGAUAUGUCACAUUCGCAUGGAAGGCGCUUUUCAAGACCAUUGGUCAUGCCAGAAAACUCAAAGAUAUUGUCAUCUUUCUCUGCGCAUGGUUUUUAUUGAGCGAUAGUAUUGCUACAGUGAGCGGAACUGCGGUUCUGUUCGCGAAAACUAGUCUGGGGAUGAAAACCGAAGCACUUGGUCUUAUCAAUGUCAUCGCAACGAUAGCCGGCGUGCUUGGAGCGUUUUAUUGGAGUUUUCUUUCGCGGAUAUUCAACCUGCGCCCGUCACGGACAAUCGUGGCAUGCAUUUGCCUGUUCGAAAUCAUCCCGUUAUAUGGCUUACUUGGGUUCAUUCCAGCCGUCAAACGAUACGGCGUGUUUGGACUUCAGCAACCAUGGGAAAUGUAUCCUCUCGGUGCGAUCUAUGGGUUUGUUCUGGGAGGGUUGUCGUCUUACUGUCGAGCAUUCUUUGGCGAGUUGAUUCCUCCAGGGUUUGAAGCAGCAUUUUAUGCUUUGUAUGCGAUCACCGACAAAGGCUCAAGUAUUUUUGGACCAGCUAUCGUUGGAGCAAUAACGGAUCGAUAUGGGGAGAUCCGACCAGCGUUUGUCUUUUUGGGUGUGCUCAUUGCCCUCCCACUGCCGCUGAUGCUGCUGGUGGAUGUUGAUCGUGGCAAGGCUGAUGCAUAUCAGAUGGCAUUGGAAUUGGAAGGACAUCGGAAGGGUCAAAGUGUGAAUGCCAGAUAUACUACGAUACCCACCAUCGUUCUCUCGGAAGACGAAGACUGAGAUCGAGAAGUCUAUGUUUUUGGAUAUGUGGCUUGGUGUUGUAUAGUCAUCAUUGCUUAGAAAUACCCGUCGGAGGUCAAGACCUCGACAUGAAUUAUUGCAGUUUUACGGCCA